UUUUUUUUUUCUUUUUAAAUUUUCUUUUCGCUAAGGAAACAUGUAUCAUAUAUAAUAUAAUAGAUCAACAACCAAUACAAAAAUCAAAAAUCAAAAAUCAAAAAUCAAAAUUUAAAAAUCCCCCAACCAAGCGGGAAAAAACAAAAAUCGAAGCCAGGGCGAUUGUGUUCCCUCAUCGAACAAAUUCCCCACCCAGCAACACCAUAUAAAUUAAAACUUAAUUCUGUUUAUCCAUUUCUUUUCUACAUUAUUUGUUCUUAUUUCUCUCAAUUGAUUGAGAAAUACACGAGAAAUGGGCGAUGAGAAGAGAAGUCACAGGAAACCAGUAAGCUUAAACGAUAGCCACAAUCGUCUUCUCCAAGAAUUUUCUGCUCCUCCUAAACCAGAACCAUCCUCCUUCGAUGAAGAAGGAGAAGAAGGUAAGCCAUCCAAGAUAAAACUCGAAGGACUACGGCGUCUCUGCAAAGCAUCGGCCGUGGAUGAUGAUCAUAACAUCCCUCGGUUCUUUGGAGUCACUGAUUUUGAUUCUUCUUCUGAAGAAAAGACAACAAAGGUUAGGAUUGAAGGGAGACGUCGUCUUUGCAAACUCUCAUCUCGAGACAAGGAAAAUGCUGGGAGUGUAACAGCUGUUGAUGAACCUAGUUUUGCUGAUAUUACUGACUUUGAUUCGCCUCUGCCAUCCAAAGCUAUGGCUGGUGGUAAGAGUAACAAGGAUGCCAAUGAAAUCAUGGAUAUUCUUGAUGACUUGAGCUCCAGGCUUGACCUUUUGUCCAUUGAGAAAAAGAGAGGUGUUGACAAGGCGCCUGAUGGUCCUUCCGAAUUGCUUCCUGGACGAGAUGGAGAGAAAAAAACUGAUAUGCCUGAAUAUGCAAGUGCUGGCUCUUCAUUUUCCGAUAUAUAUGAUUCAUCUGAUUCUUCAUCUGUUUUGAGUAAUAGUAUUGAUGGAGGCCCUGAGAGUUUUGUGGAUAAAUAUGAUGAGAGUCAAUUUUUGAGUAAGUCUAGAUGUGAUCAUUUUGCUGAUAAUGUGCAUGAGAACAACAAGAAUAGUAGAGGGCUAAAUAUGGAGAAUAAAUAUCGAGGGGUGGAUGACAAAUUAGUAGCUGUGGGAAACUCUUUCGUAUCAAACAUCGAAGAAGAAGAAGAUGAAACUAAUCUGAGAAGUGAGUCUGAGUGUGAAAGCCGUGUAACUAGAGAGAGGGAAACUAAUAAAGGUACUCAUAGGCUGAAGGACAAUGAUUCCAAAAGGGUGCAUGAGAGAUCACGAGUUGCAGGACGAUCUUCUGUGUCUAUUCUUAGAAAUGAAGAGGAUGAUGAUGAGGAGGAUUGCUUGGUUUUAAGCCGAAAAAAGGUGGUUGAAGAAGCUGGGAAGCUUGGUGGUAAGAACAAGGAGCCAUGUAAUCUCUCUAGUCCAAUAGAUUUGUUGGACGACGAUACAGAUGAUUCAGUUUUGGAUGAUGGGGGUUCCAUUACUUUGUCUGGUCCAAGAUCUACAUUUGAACUUCCAAGCAAAAUUGCAACAAUGUUGUAUCCCCAUCAACGUGAUGGGUUAAAGUGGUUAUGGUCCUUGCACUGUUUGGGUAAGGGGGGAAUCUUAGGAGAUGAUAUGGGUCUGGGGAAGACAAUGCAGAUUUGUGGCUUUCUAGCUGGACUGUUCCAUUCAAGGUUAAUUAAGAGGGCAUUGGUGGUAGCCCCUAAAACACUACUAGCUCAUUGGAUCAAAGAACUAGCCGCUGUGGGGCUUUCUAGGAAAACUAGGGAAUACUUUGGGACCUCUUUGAAAGCUCGACAAUAUGAACUGCAGUAUAUACUUCAGGACAAAGGCAUUCUCCUUACAACUUAUGAUAUAGUACGGAAUAACUCAAAAUCAUUAAGAGGAGAUGACUACUUUGCUGAUGAGGAAAGUGAGGAUGGUUACACAUGGGAUUACAUGAUUCUUGAUGAGGGGCAUCUCAUUAAAAAUCCUAGCACGCAGAGGGCAAAAAGUUUGCUUGAGAUACCAAGUGCUCAUCGUAUUAUCAUUAGUGGGACCCCAAUUCAAAACAAUCUUAAGGAAUUGUGGACUUUGUUCAACUUUUCUUGUCCUAAUCUGCUUGGUGACUACAAUGGGUUUAAGAAGAAGUAUGAGCAUCCCAUCCUUCGUGGGAAUGAAAAGAAUGCUUCUGCUAGGGAGAAACAUGUUGGUUCAACAAUUGCAAAGGAACUAAGAGAGCGCAUUCAACCAUAUUUCUUGCGUCGCUUGAAGAAUGAAGUGUUCAAGGAGGAUGAUCUUACAACUGCCACACUUUCCAAGAAGAAUGAGAUGAUUGUGUGGCUAAGGCUUACUAGUUGUCAGCGAGAACUGUAUCGAGCGUUUUUGCAGAGUGAGCUGGUGUUAUCAGCUUUUGAUGGUUCACCAUUGGCUGCAUUGACGAUUCUAAAGAAAAUAUGUGAUCACCCACUUCUCUUGACAAAAAGAGCUGCUGAGGAUGUUCUGGAAGGAAUGGAUUUUAUAAGUCCAGAAGAUGCUGGUUUAGCAGAGAAAUUGGCUUUGCAUGUCGCUGAUGUAGCUGAAAAAGCUGAAUUUCAAGAGAAGCAUGACAACAUCUCUUGCAAGAUAUCAUUUAUAAUGUCACUCUUGGAUAACUUAAUUCCAGAGGGGCAUAAUGUUCUCAUCUUCUCCCAAAGUCGCAAAAUGCUUAAUCUUAUUCAGGACUCCCUAGCAUCCAACGGUUACGAGUUUUUACGCAUUGAUGGUACCACUAAAGCCAGUGAUAGAGUGAAGAUUGUUAAUGAUUUUCAAGAAGGUGUUGGCGCCCCUAUAUUCCUCUUGACAUCUCAAGUUGGUGGUCUUGGCCUCACACUCACAAAAGCAGACCGUGUCAUUGUGGUUGAUCCUGCAUGGAAUCCAAGCACGGAUAACCAAAGUGUUGAUCGUGCAUAUCGAAUUGGCCAGAGGAAAGACGUCCUUGUGUAUAGAUUAAUGACAUGUGGAACAGUUGAAGAAAAGAUAUACAGAAAGCAGAUAUUUAAAGGGGGAUUGUUUAAAACUGCAACAGAACACAAGGAACAGAUUCGGUACUUUAGCCAGCAGGAUCUUAGGGAAUUAUUCAGCCUUCCAAAGCAGGGAUUUGAUAUAUCCCUUACGCAACAGCAACUACAUGAGGAGCAUGACCACCAGCACAAGAUGGAUGAGUCUCUCGAAACCCAUGUCAAUUUUCUGGAGACUCUAGGUAUUGCAGGGGUUAGUCACCACAGCUUACUGUUCUCCAAAACAGCACCUGUACAAGUUGUAAAUAUAGAAGAGGAAGAGAUGAGGGAUAAAGUAACUGCUUUUGUUGGCAAUUCAUCACGUACAACAGUUGAGCGCAACGUUGAUGGGGCUGUGUAUGCUUUAAAUCCAAAGGAUGUAAAACUCAACAAGAAAAGCUGUUCCCCGGAAAAUGUUGGCAAACUGACAGAAUCUGAAAUCAAAGAGAGGAUCAGUCGGUUGUCACAAUUACUUGGAAAUAUGGCUACAGUUUCGAGAUUACCAGACCGAGGAGCAAAGCUGCAAAAGCAGAUUUCAGAUUUGAACUUGGAGCUCGACAAGAUCAACAUGGAAAAAUCAACUAAGGAAGAAGUAAUUGAUCUCGAUGAUCUAACUGGGGAGCUUCAAAGGGCGUUGAAUGUAUAGAGCAUAGACCAUCAACAGUGAAGCAAAUGUCUUUUGAAAAGAGGUUGACAGCAUAAUUAGCUGGCUAUGUUGGCAGUGGUUGAUUUCAACAUGCAAGUUCUUUUGUACCAUACUGGUAUCUGUAAAAAUAUAUGCUUUUAUGAUUUGCACUAGCUUGAAGUGCAAAUUAAUCUAUUCACAGUUGCCUACAAAAUAUUGUUUUAGAUCUAGCAUGUUAUUAUUCCAAAAAGUGAGAAAAGCAAAGGGAAAUCAGUCGUUUUGUUUUUUAA